AUGCUCCGGGCGCUGCUGCCGCCGCUGCUGCUCGCGGUGGGGGCCGCGGGGCGCUGGCAGCCCACCCCCGACACGGUGCGGCCGCGGGUGGUGCGGGAGCAGGUGCUGUGGAGUGAGCGGGGAGGGCCGCGGGGGUCCACACCUCCGCGUGCCCCUGGUGGUCGCCACGCCCGGGGGGCCCUGCUGGCCUGCGCCGAGGGCAGGAAACGCUCGGCGGGAGACGUGGGGGCCAAAGUCAUCGCCUGCCGCCGUUCCCCUGACGGAGGAGCCACGUGGGGCCCCACGGAGGUGGCGGCCGACGACGAAGCAGAGACCCCGUUCCGGGGCCGCCUGGUGUUCUGCGGCCACGGCACCCUGGAGCGGGACGGGGUCUCGCUGCUGCUCAGCGACGACGGGGGGCCUCCUGGCGCAGGGGGUCUGCCCGCCAUCCUCUUCGGGCCCCCGGCACCCCACGACUUCACCCCCGACGAGUGCCAGCCGUACGAGCUGCCCGACGGGUCCCUGGGCGUGAGCAUCCGCAACCAGGGCUCGUACCGCUGCCGCUGCCGCAUGGUGGCCCGCAGCUGGGACGGGGGGGACACGCUGCCCCCCGACGCCGUCACCUUCGACCCCGCCCUGCCCGACCCCGCCGUGGCCGCGGGGGUCCUGCUCACACAGGGGGUCCUGUUCUUCAGCAACCCCGCCCACGAGAGCGACAGGGUGAACCUGACCCUGCGCUGGAGCUUCGACGGCGGCGCCACGUGGUGGGGGCGGGGCCUGCGCGUGUGGGCGGGGCCGAGCGGCUACUCCGCCCUGGCGGCCCCGCCCCCUGGCGAGGGGGACCGCGCGCCGCUGCUCUACGUCAUCUACGAGAAGGGGCGGAGCCUCUCCACCGAGAGCGUCUCAUUGGCCACCAUCAGCCUGGAGGGCGGGCCCUGAGCGGAAUAAACACUCCGAUUGGCCGAGCGCCGCGUGGCGUCAUCGCCGUGGGCGGGGCCAGAGCGGCGGGAACAGCGUCGCCAUAGCGACGCGCGCGGCGGGGGCGGGAGCCGCGAAGGCGGGAGCGCGAGGACCCCGCGGUGGGAGCGGCCUGCGCGGUGCCCGA